AUGUCUGAGUCUGAAACAGAGUACUUAGAAAGUGACUUUGACGUAAAGAAAUUUCUGUCGUCCUUACCGGGGGUUGCAGCUUUUCAAAGUCUGUGUAAACGAGAACUUGUGUUAAUUGCUAAUUAUCUAGACAUAGGUUUUACUACGGAUAUGAAAAAGGAUGAUUUGAUAAAGGGUUUGAUAGCACACUUGGGUAUUGUAGAGGAGAAGGCAGAAGUUUCAGGGGUAAAGGAGAGUGAUAGCAUAGAAGCUUUGAAACUUAGAAUAAAGCUGAAGGAGUUAGACAUAGCUGCUGAACGUGAAAGAGUAGCUGCUGAACGUGUAAGAGCGGAAGAAAGGGAGAGAGAGAGGAAACUUGAGCGUGAAAGAAUGGAACACGAACUGAAGUUAGAGGAAAUUAAGGUAAGACACAGACAAGGUAGUGGAGAUUUUGAUGUAGCUAAAUACAUGAAGAUGGUUCCCCCUUUUGAUGAAAAUGAAGUAACUAAUUAUUUUAUAACUUUUGAGAAAGUAGCGAAAGGAAUGGGCUGGCCUAAGACUUCAUGGUCUAUAUUAUUACAAUGUGCAUUGAAAGGUAGGGCUCAAGAGGUAUUUUCUAGUUUGUCUGAGGAGACGUGUGGUAAUUAUGACGAAUUGAAAAAGUGUAUUCUCAAAGCAUAUGAAUUAGUGCCAGAGGCUUACAGGUUGAAAUUUCGUAGGCUUUUUAAGACAGGAGAUCAGACUUAUGUAGAUUUUGCUCGUAUAAAAGCUAAAUUGCUUGACGAUUGGUUGAGAUCUAAAGAAAUCUGUGAUUUUAAAGGGUUUAAACAACUAAUAUUGUUAGAAGAAUUUAAGAAUUGUUUAUCUAAGGAUUUGAAGGUACACUUAGAAGAGCUUCAGGUUGAGAGUUUAGAGAAAGCUGCCAUUAUGGCUGACGAGUACUCACUGACGCACAAAAUUUUUGAAGGGAAAAAUUUGGUUAGGAGUAGAAGCAGCAAAGAGGGUUUUCAGGAAUUGAAAAGUGGUAAGAGUAAAACUGAAAACGCAAGUGAUUUGGAUAAAAGUGUUGUAGCUCCAGUAUUGAAAGCUACAGAAAGUGGUAAGGGCAGAAGAGGAUUAGUUAUUCUCAGAGAUACAGGGGCCCUACAGUCAUUGAUUUUGAAAAGGGCAUUGCCUGAAGGUUUCGAGUAUGAGGAUAAGGAAAAGGUUUCGAUUAAGAGUUUUCCAAAAGAAAUAAUCUCUUGUCCGUAUGAGACUGUGGUUCUGGAGUCUGAUUAUGCAACGGGUCCGGUUAGGGUUGCCGUUGUGGAAGAAAUUCCUGUAGAGGGAGUCGAUUUAAUAUUGGCCAACGAUAUUGGUGGUAAUAGGGUUUUAAGUAACCCACGGUUACUUAGCUAUCCUCAGUUUUGUGCAAGCACGGAGAGCUUGGAAGGAGAAUUUCCUGGUAUUUUUCCCGUGUGUGCUAUUACACGGUCAAUGCGGAAAUUGGAAGCUAGUAGGGAUUCUAAGAUUGACUUCUCGAAGUUUUUUCUGGGAAAAUUUGGUGAUGGUUCUGAACAAGGUAAGGUUUUAGCUGUAUCUAGAGAGAAAUUCAUAAAGGAUCAGGAAAAUGACCUAGAGCUAGCAGAGAUAGCUGCAAAGGCUUUUUCAGAUAAGGAAAUUGAGAACAUUCCAGUUGGGUAUUAUGUCGAAAAUGGAUUAUUGAUGAGAAAAUUUAGAGCCUCUAAGGUUGCUGCCGAUGAAGAAUGGAAAGUUAAUUACCAAAUAGUCGUUCCUCCAAAUUACAGACCCUCUAUUUUACAUUUAGCACAUCAGAAUCCAUUUAGUGGCCAUUUCGGAAUCAAUAAAACUUUUUACAAAUUAACUAAACACUUUUAUUGGCCUGGGAUUCAUUCUGAUGUUAAAGUAUUUUGUAAGACUUGCCAUGUGUGUCAAAUGAUCGGAAAACCGAACCAAAAGUUGACUAAAGCUCCCCUUGAACCCAUACCAGCCAUGGAAGAACCAUUCCAUAGGGUAAUAGUGGACAUUGUUGGCCCAUUGCCAAAGUCAAAAGGUGGAAAUCAGUAUAUACUUACGAUCAUGGACAGAUCCACUAGGUAUCCUGAGGCCAUUCCGUUGCGGAAUGUCUGCUCUAAGAAUAUUGUAAAUGGGAUGUUACAAUUUUUCACUCGGUUUGGAUUGCCUAAAGAGGUUCAGUCGGACCAGGGUUCAAAUUUCUUGAGCAAUAUAUUUAGACAGGCAAUGCAGGAACUAGGAAUCAGGCAGGUAACUUCAUCAGCGUACCAUCCUCAGAGCCAAGGGGCUGUAGAAAGGUACCAUCAAACCUUGAAGACCAUGUUGAGAAAAUUUUGUUUAGAGAACAAAAGCGAUUGGGAUAAAAGUCUGCCCUUCCUUCUGUUUGCCUCCAGAGAAAUCCCUAAUGAGUCGUUAGGGUUUUCCCCUUUCGAGUUAGUAUUUUGUCAUCAGGUUAGAGGACCUUUAAAAUUGAUUAAAGAUCAGUGGAUUAAUAAUGUUGAAGAUUCUAAUUUGUUGGACUAUGUUUCAGAUUCCAGGGAAAGAAUCAGGAAAACGUGGGACAUAGCAAGAGAUAACUUAAUGGAAGCACAGCAGAAGAUGAAAAAAUACUAUGAUUUAGGAGCCAAAAAAGUUGACUACAAACCAGGUGAUGAGGUAUUGGUAUUCCUUCCAGUAGCAGGUCAGCCAUUACAUGCUAAGUUUUCUGGGCCUUACAUAAUAGAAAAAAAGGUAGGAAAUACGGAUUAUGUUGUUCUUACUCCAGAUAGGAGAAGGAAAAAGAGGUUAUGCCAUGUUAAUAUGUUAAAGCCAUAUUUUUCAAGGACGCCAAAGCCAGUCUUGUGA